UCUGACGGCUGAACAGACAACACUAUAGACUACCCUCCUGCUUGAACUAAGGGCAAUAAAUUUGUCUACACACCCUCCUCCCUCGAAUCCUCGGGACCUCGAGCGCCGCCUAUUUUGCCACAACAGUACCGGCAGAGAGGCCCGGGGUGCAUGGACGGGUGCAUACACAGGCGCGAACAAACGUUGGGCACGUGCAUGGUCAAGGACAGUGCACGUAGCGGAGUAAGCGCGCGAUUCGCGAGCGAGCCGGAGCGAGUGUACAUGCCGCACGGAGCACGACUAUCGCCCGCCCUCUUUGCCCGCAGACGAGGCUCGCCUGACCUACGAGGAUGUUCGACGUGACUGUGUCACUCCGUGAAUAUCGUUAAAGGAAGUUCCUUCUUCUUUUGAUGAGAAAGCGAAGGCAGAACCGGACUGGGCGGGAGUGCCAUUCUAGAGCACUUUCCAGGCACGUGAGGUUAGCCCCGAGAACACUUUAUCAACCAGAAAUAUUUCUGGAGACGGAUUGGCAGAAAUGUUUCUGCUCGGGAUUCGGAGGAGGUUCCUGGUUGUCAUUGUCUUCUGGCUGUCCCCAGUGCCGGAAUCGCAAGCCAUGUCACAUGACACCGCCGUGGCAGAAACUCGGUUCAUUCAAGACUACGUCAUGUUCUAUAAUUUUCAUCGUGUUUGCGUCGUUUCACCAGAAAGAGAUCCAUGGCUUCUCAAAACGUUCCGUCAGCUGGGCAGCAUGCCUUGGACCUUCACGUCAGUUCUUACCGCGGAGAACCGUCAGUUUGCGAAGCUCGGGAACGGAACUCUCGGUGCCUCGCCUCUGCUUCGGAACUGCGAGGGACUAAGAGUCAUGAAGCUUCGAACUCCUGAUCAGAGAGACUUGUUCGAACAGAUCUACAAGGCCGGUGAAUUGACAAGAACUUGGCUCUUGGUCUCUCAAGAAGGGUUUCCAGGGCUUCUAGAGCGCAUUUACCUUCCACUGAAUAACAAGAUAACCAUCGCCAGCUUCGGGGCGGACGGCGAGCCAGCGACCCUGUCAGAGAUCUACCAGGUCGGGAGACACCUUCGGCAGAUCGUCGUCGGCCCCGUCGGGCGCUGGCUCCCUUCCGCCGGCACGCACGCAGCCGCUGAACUUCUCACGAGAACGAGUGGCAGUGCCGAAAGCCGGAUGCACAAGGCCUCGACACGUGAGUCUCCGACGGCUCUCCCCAAGCCCAGGGAAGUGGAUGUCGCGGCGAAGAGCCUGGCCUUCGGGACUCUCGAAGCCCCUGUGGACGACCCGCUGCUGAGGCGAAGGGACCUGACGGGGCUGCACCUCGUCUGCACCACGAUCGAGUACGAACCUCUGACCAUUCUGAAGGCGGCGGGCGACGGUGCCGUCCGAGUGGAGGGCGUCCUCGGCAAGGUUUUCGACGUCCUUCAGGAAGUCACCAAUUUCACGUACAACUGCCACCGCUCGAGGGACGGCCAGUGGGGCUCGCAGGUGAACGGGGAAUGGACAGGCAUGAUAAAGGAGGUGCGCGAGGGAGCGGCCGACAUCGCCAUCGCGCCGCUCACCAUCACGGAACGGCGCAGCACCGCCGCCACGUUCCUCAUUGGCAUUAUCGCCACGAGCCAAAAGAUUGUGCUGAAACGACCCACGUAUGAAGACUACAUGUGGAGUGUCUACACGAAGCAGUUCGAGCCGAGCGUCUGGCCUGUCUUGCUGUCUGUCGUGGUGUGUCUGGCGUUGUGUCUGUACCUCGUGUCUCGCUUUUCCCUGGGCGAAGUCGAGAUCUCGGUUUCGGACGCGAUCUUGACGGUAUUCGGGUUUAUGUUCGGGCAGGGCUCCCACAUCGAAUUCAAGUCUGGCGCAGGAAGGACCUUGGUGAUGACGGUGCUCCUCCUGCAGGUGUUGGCUCUGGCGUUUUACACCUGUAACAUGGUCUCCGCUCUCACCGUAGGACCUCCUCUCCCUCCUUACAAGGACCUUCGGGAUAUCCAUGACGAGUCGUCGAUCGCUUUCGGAUUCGUCGAGAGCUCCUCGAAUGCGAAUAAUUUUCGGGGUUUGGUUGACGGAAAGUCACGGCCUGGUUUCACAUUUAUUAUUGGUAGUGUGGCGUGGACGGAGGUUGCAAUGGCCGGCAUGUGUAGAAGUAAAGACCCGGGCAGCCAUGGCGACUUGCGUGAUCACUUCCGCUCUAGAAAACUUGUGCGACUUGGUCCUGACCUUAGCGUCGUUAUGGAAUGUACACGACUGAUGCUGGUUAUUUUCUGGUGA